AUGAUCGAGGAGGACGCCGCCCUGAGGAACGGCAGCAGGGGGCUCUCGGGCCAGUGGGCGGACGCAGCGGCGGUGCGACCCCGCACCACGGAACGCCACAUCACGGUGCACAAGCGCCUGGUGCUGGGCUUCGCCAUCUCCAUCCUGGCCCUGCUGGUGGUCACCAUGAUCGCCGUGCUGCUUAGCGUGCGCAUCGAGGAGUGCAGCGGCGGCGGCGGCGGGGACAGUGCUGCGGACGGCCCGGCAGCCGGCAGGGCGGGCAACGGGAGCGUCCCGGCCGCCUCCGCCGGAAGCGCCCGCCUGAACCACAACGCCGCCGGGGAGCCCCCUGGCCGCGGGGGGGUGGAAGCGGCGGCCGCGGCGCCGGGAGGAGGCGAGGAGGAGCCCGAGCUGGAAGAGUGGCAGCGGCGGCGGGAGCAGCCGCCCUGGACUCAGCUGCGCCUGCCCGGGCACCUGCGGCCGCUCCACUACAACCUGAUGCUGAGCGCCUUCCUGGAGAACUUCACCUUCAGCGGCGAGGUCAACGUGCAGGUGGAGUGCCUGAACGCCACGCGCUACAUCGUCCUGCACGCCCACCGCGUGCACGUCGAGGCCGUCCGCGUGGCCGAAGACCGGCUGGCCGGAGCCCUGCGCGUCGCCGGCUUCUUCCUCUACCCGCAGACGCAGGUCUUCGUGGUCGUCCUCAACCGCAGCCUGGAGGUGCAGCGAAGUUACAACCUGAAGAUCAUCUACCAUGCGCCCAUCGAGAACGAGCUGCUGGGCUUCUUCCGCAGCUCCUACGUCCUCUACGGGGAGAGAAGAUUUCUUGCAGUCACACAGUUUUCUCCAACCCAUGCUAGAAAAGCCUUUCCAUGCUUUGAUGAACCUAUCUACAAGGCCACAUUCAAAAUCAGCAUCAAACAUCAAGCAACCUAUUUAUCUUUGUCCAAUAUGCCUGUGGAAACCUCUGUUUUUGAAGAAGAUGGAUGGGUUACAGAUCACUUUUCACAGACUCCGCUCAUGUCCACGUAUUACCUGGCUUGGGCUGUCUGCAACUUUACCUACCGUGAGACUACCACAAAGAAUGGUGUUGUGGUCCGGUUGUAUGCAAGACCUGAUGCAAUCCGAAGAGGUUCUGGGGAUUAUGCUCUAAACAUUACUCGGAGACUAAUUGAGUUUUAUGAAGACUACUUCAAAGUGCCCUAUUCCCUGCCAAAAUUAGAUCUAUUAGCUGUGCCUAAGCAUCCUUAUGCUGCUAUGGAGAACUGGGGACUAAGUGUUUUUGUGGAGCAGAGGAUACUUCUGGAUCCAAGCAUUUCUUCCAUAUCAUACUUACUUGAUGUCACCAUGGUCAUUGUGCAUGAGCUAUGCCAUCAGUGGUUUGGUGACCUUGUGACUCCAGUAUGGUGGGAAGAUGUAUGGCUUAAAGAAGGCUUUGCUCACUACUUUGAGUUUGUUGGAACCGACUAUCUCUAUCCAGGCUGGAAUUUGGAGAAGCAGAGGUUUCUGACAGAUGUCUUGCAUGAAGUGAUGCUGCUGGAUGGCCUGACUAGUUCACACCCGGUAUCACAGGAAGUGCAGCAAGCCACGGACAUUGACAGGGUCUUCGACUGGAUUGCCUAUAAAAAGGGUGCAGCUUUAAUUCGAAUGCUCGCUAAUUUUAUGGGCCACUCAGUGUUUCAGAUGGGCCUGCAAGAUUAUUUAACCAUUCACAAGUAUGGCAAUGCUGCCAGAAAGGACCUAUGGAACACACUAUCAGAGGCACUUAAGAAAGUUGGAAAAUUUGUGAAUAUUCAGGAAGUGAUGGAUCAAUGGACACUCCAGAUGGGUUAUCCAGUUAUUACUAUCAUGGGAAAUGAAACUUCAGACAAUGUUGUAAGAAUCUCUCAAGAACACUUUAUCUACGACCUUCAUGUUAAAACGAAAGAUCUUGGCCUUGGAAACAACAGCUACUUGUGGCAGAUCCCAUUAACAAUUGCAGUAGGAAAUACGAGCCACAUCUCACCAGAGGCAAUUAUAUGGGUGUCUAACAAAUCAGAGCAUCACAGGAUUGCUUCUUUCAGUGAGGGAAACUGGCUGCUGGGCAACAUCAAUCAAACUGGCUAUUUUAGGGUUAACUAUGACAUUAGAAAUUGGAGGCUGCUAAUUGACCAACUAAUGAGAAACCAUAAGGUAAUCUCUGUCAGUAAUCGUGCAAGUUUGAUCGAUGAUGCAUUCAAUCUAGCCAGAGCUGGCUAUUUACCUCAGAACAUUCCCUUAGAGGUUAUCAAAUAUCUGUCCAAGGAAAAGGAAUUUCUGCCCUGGCAUGCUGCUAGCCGAGCUCUUUAUCCUCUAGAUAAGUUGCUGGACCGCACAGAAAACUACAACAUCUUCAAUGACUAUAUUUUAAGACAAGUUGCUUCAAUGUAUCUUAAGCUUGGAUGGCCAGCAAAUAAUUUGGAAAAAUCCUUUGUCCAAGCUUCCUACCAACAUGAGGAGUUACGCCGUGAAGUGAUUAUGCUGGCUUGCAGCUUUGGUAAUAAGCACUGCCAUCAGCAAGCUGCAACUCUAAUCUCAGACUGGAUUUCCAGCAACAGGAACAGAAUACCGCUCAAUGUAAGAGACAUCGUCUACUGCACAGGAGUUUCGCUGAUGGAUGAAGAUGUUUGGGAGUUCAUUUGGAUGAAAUUCCACUCUACUACAGCAGUUUCAGAGAAGAAAAUAUUGUUAGAAGCUUUAACAUGUAGUGAUGACAGAAAUUUGUUAAACAGGCUUCUGAACCUGUCUCUCAAUUCAGAAGUUGUCCUGGAUCAGGAUGCAAUUGAUGUUAUAAUCCAUGUAGCAAGAAAUCCACAUGGAAGAGAUCUUGCUUGGAAGUUUUUUAGAGAAAAAUGGAAAAUAUUAAAUGCAAGAUAUGGAGAAGCAUUAUUUAUGAAUUCAAAACUUAUCAGUGGAGUCACAGAAUUUCUUAAUACAGAAAAUGAACUAAAUGAGCUGAAGAACUUUAUAAACACCUAUGAGGAGGGUUCAGCUGCCUCUUUCUCUCGAGCUGUGGAAACAGUGGAAGCCAAUGUCCGGUGGCAAAUGCUUUAUAAAGAAGAAUUAUUUCAGUGGCUGAGAAAAUCACUAGCACACUAAUCAGUGUUUCUGACAAAGACUUGGUACCAAACUCUGCAAGAGGAGAAGCACUCUGUGGAAUUCCAAGAACCUUUGACUGGCAAUACAAUGAAGACCAGUUACAAUUGGAAGGAUAUAUAGAUACAGAUAUAUUAUAUUUUUACACCAAUCUCCUCAAAACUGUAUAUGACAGAGAUGGGGUGGAAACUCCAACAAAGAGAAAAGGUCAUGAAUGCUUACGAAACUCAGUCCACACUGUACCAUGGCCAAAUGUGAUAUUCAGUGGUGCAUGUAAAUGUUGAUGUCUGUUUUUUUGGAGGGGAGAACCCUUCAGAAUAUUUGUGCAUGGUUCUAUGGUUCCUGCCUGUAUUCCAGCAUGCUUACUUAGGGUGUCCAUGUUUUUUGUGUGAGUUUGUUACAGCAAAAUGGGCAUUAUGCAAAAGCACAAAGACUAUCAAUGACAAUCAGUGUUACAACAGCAAGGUAGGAUGGAAAGAAGCAAGUAGAAGAUACCUAUGAGCAACAUGUGAUAAAAUUGUCACUUCUCUGUGGUGCAGGCUAGUUAAGUGAGCACUACAGUUGUCUCUGUUAUAUUGUUUGGAUAUGGCUCUUUUUGAAUAGCAAAGGAUGGUAUAAGUUAUAGGCUAAUGCUCCCCAUUUUUAGUCAAGGAUGCACAUACACAUUCAGAAGAUGCAUACACAAUAUGCUGGAAUUUCAAAAGUAAAUUUUACUCACUGUGGAGCAUCUAAUAACAGUAUUAGCUUUGAUCAUAAGUUAAUGGCAGGAUGGUCAUAUAUUUUUUGGACAGAAUCCAUAAAUUAUCCCUCUGUGUGGAUGCUGCUUAGCUAGUGUGGGUCUUAGGAUGACCAGUAUGUAUCAAAUUGCCAAAGGGAAAAAAACAGAAAUAAUUUAGGAGACAAAAUUGCAUUAUGAACAAAGAAAACUUCCGAGGCAAUAUUUAAUUGUAAUGAACGUUUAAUACUCUAUUUCUUUAUAAGCAGUUACCCCAUGAGAAUUGAACAGGCUGGUAUCUGGAACAGCUGUUAAGACUGUGCUAGCCUAUAUUUAAAAAUAUCUUAUAUCUGUUUUGCUUUUCUUUGUUCAUGUAAAAUAUAUUCAAAAGACUGCCAUAUUAAACACAGUUACUAGAGAGUAGGUCCAAUUGAACAUAGUGGGACUUAUGUCUGAGUAAAUAUGUGUAGAAUUGCACUGCACACCUUCUGUUAUCUUUUCCCUUUCAGAAAUUUUUCAGAGAUCUGCCCAAUAAUAUGCUUGCUAAUUCUUAGUAAGCAGUACUCUUUCAUCACUGCCUGGUGUAGAAUAUCAUAAACUAUUGAUUGCAACCUACAAAGUAGAAAGUAUUUCUAUUUUCCACCAUGUGUAGCUGCUUAGAAUCUCUAUCCCCACAAUUUUCAAUGAUUCAAGCACAAAAUGAAGGAAAUAGUUACUUUAUCACGUAGUUCAUUUUGAAGGACAGCAUGGCACAGAUAAUAACGUCACAACCACAGCAACUGCCAGCUUUUUCACGUUAUACAUGAGCUGCAAGUGGUAGCUUGGCUUCAAGCCAGACAGCAACAAAAUAUAAUUACUGCCUGGAGAGCUGUCAGGAUUGGGUGGGGAGAAAAAUCAAGCAUUCGCAUUUGUCUCCAUGGAACUUUGGUCUUCAGAAGUUGUCCGUAAUGUCUCUGGAUAGUUUUGUCGGGCUGAUGUGAAAGCCUGCAAGUUACAGGUUUGAAACCUCCCCUUUCACUUUAGUCCACAAGGAACUAAUAGUAGGUUACAUCUGUUUAGACAUUGAUCUUCCAUUUUCUUCUCUGAUUAGCAGCUAUACAGACACCCCACAGAAGCAAGGACAGAGGCCUUUCUUCCAGUUACUUAAAAUAGUGCUUGGACUCUAACAAGCGUUGGGCAUUUGCUGCCAUGCCAUGGAGCUGCUCUUCUCCAUGAUGAAGUGAUAUGAUUUUUCUGGAGUUCUCUUUGGAAAUCAAGCGAAGCCAAAUUGGGUAGCUCACAAGUAAUGCAGAUGCAGCUUUAAGAAACCGUAUGGCUAUAACAGAGAUUUGCCCUGAAGCUAACCCAGUCCUCACUUGCAGCUGGGCUAGGACCAAGGAAGUGGAAACAGCAGGAUAUAGUGCUGGGAAGUGGCAGCAGGAGGAAGCAGUAGGGCAUGGUAGGUCAACUAGAAUAUGGAGCAGAAGAAGAAACUGCUUGUUCAAGAGCAGGGGAUGAUCAGCUGAGGGGGAGAGAGAGCUGUGGCUAUCGCCUGAAGGAAGGUGGGAGAAAUGGUGGCAGUGUGGGCUACACAAGGCUUGUUGUAGAAAGCAAGGCUGUUUGAGCGAGGACUGAGAUUUGGAAUGGUACCUCUUAAAGUUAGGAAUGACAGCCUCCCAUGUGUGUGCAUAUGUGUGUGUGCGUGUGUAUAUAUAUAUAUAUAUAAUCACAGGAUUUAAGAUCUUAAAACUAUUCUGACAUUCUUUGCAGCAAAUUGUAGCAAACCACAGCAUGGUUCUUCAGUGAUUCCUUUUAUAAGUUCUUUUCUUUAACAUGUGGAUAAAGGCAUUCUGAUCAUCUUGAAUACGGAACUUGCUGGAGGUGAAGCAGUGUUGAAUGGUGGGUCUACAAUGGCCAUUUUUUUUCAGAGUGGCUUUUACACAUAGUGGUCUCACUAUUGAUGCAGUUGAUUUCUAGGCUUUCAUUCCUAAUAUUUCUGUCACAAAAAUUUAAUGUCACAAGCUUCUGACCUUUUCAUUGAUAAUCAGAUAAUACAAGAAGCAUUUUUUUCAAUUCAGUGUGCAUAGUACUGGUGGACUUUUUAUCCCUCUCUUCAGCAAUCUAGUGUUCAAGUUUUUAUACAGUGCAACAUUUUUAAUUCAGAUUUCAUUGAGUUCAUGGGGUAUUUAUGCAUAUAUUUUUGUGCUUGGAUUGUGCUCUUUAACUUUCUAAACCUCUAGUUUUCUUGAAUGCAGGGAAUCAAGUAACAAUAAGUGUUCAUAGCUCAAAUACUGGAAGGUGAGCAAAGAACAAAAGGGAGAUGAUGAUUUUUUUCCUUCCAACCAUAUUAUUCCAGAAGUUUGUGCCAUGAUUUUUCUGGAUGUUUUUAACAUUUCAAAUUCAUAUAUUCAAGAAAAGGAUGUCACAUGCAGGUUGAUAUCGCUUCAGCAGUGGUGAGUUAACCAGCAACUCUGCUGCCAUUUGGCUAAGGGUGCUUCGACCUACUUCACCAUGCAGUGGUAAUCAGUGGCGGAUACUAAUAUUUUGCAGCCAACCCUCUCACAGGUUGGCCUCUGUAACUUGAAAUAAGAUACUCAAGCUGAUAAUAUGUAGGCUGAAACAGUACAGAUCAUCAGCUGUAAAGCAAGUUUCUUCAUAAUUUCUUGGCAGUAUUUGCCUGCAAUUCAUCCUUGACUGAUCAACAUCAAAAGCACCCAUUUUGCUUUAAUGGGUUUUUUUGUUUUUGGUACUUUGGAUGUUGGAAGAACAGACAUUGGUUUUCACGUGGGCUUUUUGGUUGUUGGUGGUAGUUGCUUAGCAUUUAUAAUUAUUUUAGUGUUCCUUUUGGAAACAGUUGUGAGCAUUCAGUUGAUAAAUUUAGCUUAUGGUACUCCUGAGGGUGAGUCUACACAGUCAAAUGACAGUGAAGCAGCUAUUGCACUUAUGAAAACGGUUACAUAAUGAAAUCAUACAGUUGCUAUAGGUAAUACGUACUUUCCUCUGUUUAAGCAUAACAUUUUGAGUACCCGUUCUGUUAGCAUGACUGUUAAGGUGUACGGUACCCCUCCCCCCCCCAUAUAUGGGGCACUUAAACCAAUUUCUGGCACAUUUGGUGGAUAACAACAGAAUUAACUUGCAAGAUUCUGAAGCAGAACUAUUUUCAGUUGUAUAGUAUUCACUUGAAAACAAAGUUAUCCUUUUGGUGAUCUUAGGUAAAUUUUAAACUGAAAGUCAAGAGGUGGAUUAAUAGCAAUGAAGUUGUGAAUGUAUUGCACAGGUGAGGAUUCUGUAGGAGGUUCUGAGGUAGGGUAACUCUUGCGUGUCAUUUGACUCUUUCAAAUGAUUUUUUUCCAAUAGAAACAUCUGAGAUCAUAUUCCAUGUAUUGUAUUCUGGGAAAAAUGGAAGAUAGGGCUCUAUUUGCCCCAGACAGAAAAGGGAAGUGGGAUCUUUGCUUGUUAUUCUCUUCCUCUUCACAUAAUCCACCUUAAUUCCAACUGAAAGGGAAGAGUGUAAGAGAAUCUUCCUAGAGCUUUAGCUGCUCGCUCUUUAAAUGCCUCUUCAUCACAUCAGUGACUCUCAUCUCCAUACUCCUGCAAGUCAGCUGAGGCUUCCUCCUCAGGGCUAGUACCCCACUGCUUCAGGAAGAGGGUUGUUUCUUGACUGGACGCUUCCGGCCAGAAUGCUCUCCCUGUUGCUGAAGCAAUCAUGAGCUUGUCAUUCACAGAAAUGGAGAAGGAUCCAUGAAGAAGGCCUUUCCCCAACCUGUGGAGGCACGCUGUCUUGCAGGGUCAUGGCAGACACAAUAACCUCUGUGUGUGCACACACGCAAAUUCUAGUUGUCAAAACCCCAAAUGUGUUAACUGCUGUAUUGACAGGAAAGGAAAUAUCAGUCUAGAUCAACUGGAUUUGCUCUGUUUUGAUUUGUUCUGAUUUGCUCUAUGAUUUUUUCUUUAUCUCUGCCUUUCAUAACUCUGAUCUAAUCUGGCCCCAGUUCCCCUGCACCUGCACUUUCAACAAUAAUCCUAAAAACUCACUUUAGACCAAAUCCACAUCCCUUUCCUCACAUUAACUCAGGAGUUCCUAGUGCUCUGCACUUACGUCACCUCAGUACUUGUUUUGGAGCCUCAGAACCACACUUCUGCCUGUUGAGAAGAUGGAGUGGAGACAUUCAAGAACAGUAGGGAAAGGAUCUCUGCAAGUACUAAUGCACUCCCAGGUUUCUGGUUUGGGGUCCAGUUGAGUUGGUUGGAGCCACAUCCUGAGCAAGUAUAGUUAUGGCUGAACAAAGGACACAAAUGCCCUUGCUGUUUCACCCAAGAAAAGAAUCUCUUUUCCUGGCUCAAUAAUGGUGGAAGGGAUUGCCCUUCCUGGCUUUUCACCCACUGCUUAUCAAUUGAGGAUUAUAAAGUAUUGGUGAAAAUUAUCAUGAUCUUGAUCUUUGCAUUUAAGAAUUAUUUUAAAAUUGUCCUUUAAAAGCCUUAAAUUAUCCAGUUGAUCUAGAUCUUUCUCCACCACAAGGAGAGCAUGCUCAAUUUGUCCCUUAGUGCAGACGUGUAAUUUCUAACUGAAUUGAAUUAUAGUUUUGAACUAGGAAUUUACUAAGUAGCUACAAAUUGAACCCAUCAUUAGAUUUGAACUUAGAUCAAAGUUGGGGUUGGGGUUACCCCAUUAAUUUGGAUACUAAUGCAAAAAACAAUCUACAGUGAAUAGGUUCUGUUAGAUUCUUGGUCAAUAUUCUUCAUUUCUUUCUAAAUAAGAUCCCACGCCCAAAUUAAAUCACAUGGUUGCUUUUAUUUUAUGUUAGUAAAUCUUCUAAAUCCCUCUCACAUGCCAGCUUUUUACAGUUGUUUCAUCAUACAAGGAAAAACUGUCGACAUGCACCUAAAUGAACUGUAACCAUAUUUGUACAAUUUCUGCCAUAAAAUGGAAGUAUCACAGUCAAAAUGACACAGGUCUCCUUGGUGCAUUCACACUGGUUUUCUAUAGUACCUUGAAUUGCAGCACUUCAAAAAGAUGAAGAGUGCUUUCAUUUUGAGUGUUUUAAAGAGCCCGUGUACUCUUGAUAGUGUGAAAAAUGUCUCCCCUGCAUCACCAUAGAGACCUCCCAACCAGAAAGGCCAGGCAGCUGGUGAUUGCUCAUGAGCACUCUUGUCCACAUGACCCUCAAGCAUGCUGAUCCUCCAAGCGUACCAUUAUGCGUAGAGCAUUUCCCACUAUGUGAUGUAAAUGGUCCAGUGGCGUAUUUCAAACAUCACAGCAAGCGCAACGUCUCACUGCUCCUACAUCACCAGUUGUGAUCCUGUAACUGCCCUAUUGUGAAUGAAUUGAGAGAAUUCUGUUACCAGUUUAUAUUUUUUGCUAGCUUAAACCACCAGUGGACUGUUGUUCUCCAAUUCUUUCCUUGAAUGUGUUUUUAAUUGUUAAUGUUUACUCACAUGAAGGCCAGGGCAAGCGAAUUGUGGUUAAAAAUUAAUGUGGUACUUUGUGCUAUAAAUGGGAUUGUACAUAUGGAACACGACCAAGCAUACUCUUGGUACCCUUGCCACCGAGAGGCUCAAGUACACGUAAUACUGCUGGAUUGCGGUCACGAUCCAUGUGUCAUUCUUUGUACCCUGUUGAUUGUGCUGAAUGCCCUCUCCUUAUGGCAACCUGUUUCCGCAGCAAUUAGAACACUGGAAAAGCUGCCCGGUUCUGGUACUUUGCCUGCCCAGUUUCUGUACCUUUGUCUGCAAUUGGAGCUGGGUUAGUUGACUCACUUGAUUCAUUGGGUCUGUUGACUCUCCAUUCUUCGGGACCACAGAAUAUUCACAUCGACUAUUAAAAUUCACUUUCCACUUUUGUGGGGGAGAAAUUAAUGAUUAGAUGUACAUAUGGUAAACUC